UUUUGUUAAUUUGUCUAUAAUACACAUUUUCUGUUUUAAUGACUGCUGCAAAUACGAGUAUAAUGACAGAUUGAGUUUAUAUUAACAAAUCAUUUGAACAUUGUUCAGUCAGGCCUCUGUUAGAUCAGAAGUUUUAGGUCUACCAUUGACACGAUAAAAUGGUCAGUACAACAUUUUUCAUUGGUCUCACGGUUACAUUCAUUUUUAUCGGAAACUUUCACAUAAAUGAUGCUUUUAAGUUGACUAAAGGUAGGAAUAGACAAGAACCCGUCAAUUUAAUUCGGCGGGAAGGAAAAGAAACCCCAAGAACGUUUGAGGACCCUGCUUGUUUCUCCACUCUUAGUUCUGAUGGGAUAGCAAUGGUAAAUUAUGGAAUAAAUCUCAUCAACUCUUCAAUAAAAGUAUCUGGAAGGUUUUUUGAAGCACUUCAGGACCUAUACCAUACCGACAAUAAUACAAUUAAAACUGUAAUUUAUGAUAAUCUCAGACAAUACAACAAAUAUUCCGCAGAGAAAUUCAAAGGAAAUAAGGAUUCUGAUUUAGAGGCAUCUGCCAUUUCAUUUUACACUUACAUGAUCUACAGUACUAUAAACUCUUAUUUACGAGAACACAAAUGCGGGAAAAUGAAUCUGACUGAAGAUGUCAAAAAUCUGAGUCCGUACAGCGCUUAUUUAAUGGCUGUACUGAUGUAUUCUCCGUCCCUUACUAAAGAAACAAAUACGACCUACAGAGAAGUUAGAUUUGAUGAGGAUAUCAUUGACCAAUAUGAGAUCGGAACUACCUUUCUUUGGACAUCAUUUACAUCCUCAUCCAUGUUUGAUUUGAAUUUUUUUAAAAAUGUGGAAUUUGUUUUCAACAACUCUCGAUCAUCUCUGUGGAGUCCAAGACGCAUUGAACAGUAUUCAUUCUACCCCGAAGAACAAGAAGCCUUGUAUCCUCCUAUGGCAAUGUUCAAAAUUACUGAUAAAACGGUAACAUGGGAAUCUGUAUAUGUCUAUGCUGAUCUUGUAAACGAAAAUUUUUGAUAUAUAAAGGUAAUGUUUGUUUAUAUUCAACCAAAAGAGAUGAAAAAAUACCUAAUUUUAUAAA